AUGGAAACUCCUCGAUUGAUAUUGACCCGUUUCACCAGCGAUCAUCUGGAAGGGUAUUACCGCAUCUGGUCGAGUAAAGAAGCUACUCAAUGGAGCUCCCGCGGCAUCUGCAAAAGCCUAGAAGACACCCGCACCUGGAUGUCUGCGCUACUAGUUGAAACAAAUCCCGACGUCGAAGUCUACGCCAUCCUUCUCAAACCAGACCAGAAUAAAAAUGAAAAUGAAAAUAACAAUAACAAUAAUGAUAUAAUCGGCGUCAUCGGCACCCACAAAACAAACCCCACCCCAGUGGAACUGAGUUACAUCUUGCACCCCUCAGCAUGGGGAAAUGGGUACGCAACCGAGGCCUUGCGCGUGUAUGUGCAGCACUAUUUUCAUUUAAAGCCGCAGUUUGACCGAUUAACGGCGUGGGUGGAUACGGAGAAUGCUGGGUCGAUCAAAGUGUUACAAAAGUGUGGAUUUGUGGAGGAGAAGAUGGAAAAGGGGGAUUAUGUGAUUGAGUGGAAGACUCCGUCGAAGCGAGACUCGUUUUUGUAUGUUUUGAAGAAAUGA